UCUCUCUGUCUCUCUGUCUCUCUCUCUCUCUCUCCCCCCCCACCCACUCCUCCAACGUCUCUUUUCCUGAAAAAAUAGGAACAAAAAGAUAAAAAGAAACCCCAACCAAAAUUCAUAAAACUUAGUAAUUAAUUAAAAAAAGAGAUAAAUGGGGAAGCUGAUUUGUGAUUCGACGGCAUCCUCUCCGGUGAUCCCCGCCUCUCCAGACCACCGCCGCCUCCUCCUCCUGGGAAAAUGUGCCCGGAUUGGAAGAGCAGCAAAAGAGGCAUUUGGCGCGCCUCUACAAUAAGGGUGUUCUUUGGAAGCAUCCACAGGAUAAGAAUCAGAACACCGUCUUCAGGUUGAUGCACGGGGGAGAGGUGGAGGCGGAUGGAAACUGUCUGUUCACGGCGGCGCGUAAGUCCAUGGGUGUGGAGGCGGCGGCGCGUGAGCUCAGGAUGAGGACGGUGGGUAGGUUUGUGGCGGAUCUUGGAUCGGUGGACGAGGAGACCAAGGGUUUGAUUGAAUCGGCUAUUAGGCAUAUGUACUCGCCGGAUCUGAAGUCGGGUUGGGGCAUCCAUGUUGUACAGGAGGUUAAGCUUUUGGCAAAGAAGCAAGACCGUGAGGGUUUGGAGUCGGCCAUUAAUGAGCUCGUUCAACUCGGCAUGCAGAGAGAAAUUGCUGCGGAGUCGAUAUACAAAGAAAGGUGUAUAGCAGUGGAUGAUGGUCCGAGUUGGGCCAAGUACAUGUCAGUUUCUGGUUCACUUGAUGAUGAAUAUGAUAUCAUCAAUUUGCAGUAUACUGAGGAGGGUUUAUUGACUGUAGAUGAGAAUAGAGAUGGCCGAGCUGCUGCUUUUGGUGAUGAUAUUGCAAUAGAGUGUCUUGCAACUGAGUUCAAAAGAGAAAUUUAUGUGGUGCAAGCGCAUGGAUCAGAUGCAAUGGUUGAUGAAGAAAAUUGUGUUUUCUUCUUACCCCAUCGUCCAAGGAGUGAAAUCUGUGAACCUCCAUUCUUUCUAUUCAUGAAAGGAACAGGAUGGUGCUGUGCCGGCGCUGAUCAUUAUGAGCCUCUUAUUGCUCACUGCUCAAUUCCUGUCUCCCAAGAGAAAGUGGCAUUGGUACUCUAAGAUAGACAAUUUUGCAAUUAUUUUUGUGGGUUAGAGUUUGUAGAAGAGUAGGUAUGCAAAAAUUUUCCCUGAGAAUUCCAAGUCCAAGGUUUUUAUGGAUUCCCUUUCUAGGAUCCAUGGAGUCAUUUCAAUUUUUGAUUGAGGAAAUGUGCAUUUGCUUGUGAUCCAUUAUUGAGUAGCAGGGAGGAAGCCCUGUUGUUAAAUUUGGUAAUUUUAGUUGGUAGGCCGGCUUCUGUUGUGUCAUUCUUUGAGGUGAGAGUAGCUGUUUUUUCUGCUUUUCAACUGAUUUGAACGGAGCACCUCUUGUUGUACGUGGUACUAAUUGGAUCCAUCUGCCUGUUGAGAGAUGGAAAUCACCUUAUUCUCAUCUCAUCUCUUUCUACUUUGUGACCUAGCUGUUGCUUCUUGAGUUUAUGACAAUAUUGGUGGGUUAUUUUC